AGAACAGAAAGCAAACCAAAACAAAAUACACACAUAAGCCUCCAAGUUUAAAAGCCUCCUCGGUUUGGUGGCACGGGCAAUAGGCAGGAUUACAGCUGUGCUCGCAGGAGGGGUCCGGCAGCAUGUGACAUGUGGCUUGACAGAUUUUGGCCGGCUCCGGCAGCUCUGGCUCACACCCCUGCUUCUGCGCCAGGGUCGCUGCAGCUUUGGGAGGCUGAUGGGCACGGACACAGGGGCUGGGUGCUCUGGAAAGUGAUUUUGGUGCUGUAAAGUGGAGGACCUGCAGUGGCACUGCUGGGGAGAGGGAGAGGAAGGGGCAGCACAGAAUCCACUGCCUGCAUGCCAAGUCGGGAAGAGGGGAAGAAGAAGGGUCGGCUUGUCCUGGGCGUAAUUUUCCCCUCUCCCUCCUGAAUGCUAGAACCUGAAACGCCAAGGGCACUGUGGAUUUAUGCUUCUGCAGAUUGCUCUGAUCUGGACAUUGAAUAAAAGAAGCAGCUGUGGAGCUCUGGGGGGGAUGCUCUGUACGGAGUUCGUGCAUGAGACACUGACCUGGUCAUGAAUGGGAUGGCAUCAGAUUACAACACUUCCUCCCAGGAAGAGUACCUCCCACACUACCUCCAGAAGGAAGACCCCUUCGCAUCAAAGCUUUCUAGAGAAGCUGACAUCGUAGCUGGGUUUUAUUUGACAGUAAUUGGGAUUCUUUCAACUCUGGGAAAUGGGUACGUUAUUUUUAUGUCUUCAAAGCGAAAAAAGAAGUUGAGACCUGCUGAAAUAAUGACUGUUAAUUUAGCAGUGUGUGAUCUGGGCAUUUCAGUUGUAGGAAAGCCCUUCAGUAUCAUUUCCUUCUUUUCUCACCGCUGGGUGUUUGGAUGGAUAGGCUGCCGUUGGUAUGGAUGGGCCGGUUUCUUCUUUGGCUGUGGGAGCCUUAUUACCAUGACAGCUGUCAGCCUGGAUAGAUACCUAAAAAUCUGUCACUUGUCUUAUGGUACUUGGCUUAAGAGACACCAUGCCUUUAUUUGUCUGGCAAUAAUCUGGGCCUAUGCGACGUUCUGGGCUACGGUGCCUUUUGCUGGUGUAGGAAACUAUGCGCCUGAGCCUUUUGGGACCUCCUGCACUCUGGACUGGUGGUUGGCACAGGCUUCAGUAGCUGGGCAGGCUUUUAUCCUGAGUAUUCUUUUCUUUUGCCUCCUGUUCCCAACUGCAGUGAUUGUGUUUUCCUAUGUUAAAAUCAUUUUAAAAGUCAAGUCAUCCACCAAAGAGGUUGCUCACUAUGACACCAGAAUCCAGAACAGCCACAUACUUGAAAUGAAGCUGACCAAGGUGGCAAUGUUGAUCUGUGCAGGAUUCCUCAUUGCCUGGAUCCCUUAUGCUGUGGUCUCUGUGUGGUCAGCUUUUGGACAGCCUGAUUCAGUUCCCAUUCAGUUUUCAGUGGUACCAACUCUGCUUGCAAAGUCAGCAGCAAUGUACAACCCAAUUAUUUACCAGGUCAUUGACUGUAAGUUUGCCUGUUGCCGGUCAGGUGGAUUGAAGACACUACAGAAGAAAAACUCUUUGAAGAAACUGAGGAUGUAUACCAUAUCUUCACACAGAGAUUCAACGGCAAUGAAUGAAACCCAACUGGAAGUAUGAAGGCUCAUUUCACAUACAGCAAAUGAAAACCUGAUGACAAACAGUCAUACCAUCUCAAAUUCCCCUUUCUGUAAAUAAAUUAAAACAUUAUGACAUUUUUAUUUUACUCCCCAGUACAAUGUAGUUUUUUCCAUCCUAACUAAAACAGUGUGAUUAGAGCUGGGCAAAUAUUUUAAGUUUUCAGAAAUGGAAGAAACAAAGAAGAUUCAUUUGUAUAAAAGAAAUUGUGUUCACUUCAGAGCCUUUGGAUAUGUUUUUUCUUUGUUUGCUUGUUUGAUUGUUUUUUUUGAGCACUAACAGAAGUGAUAGUUCAGGGAGGAUUUCCCUCAAGAAAGGCAAGCUAUUCACACAGGCCAGUUUUAGUUUGCUAAAUUCAAUUUCCCUGAGUUCCUAGUACAAUCACUGGAGAAUGGGAGCAUAACAGAAAUAAUUCCUUACAGGACAAAUCAGAGUUAGAACUCCAUUUGUCAGGGCUCUGAAUCACCUAAAUAUAGCGACGUUAGCCUACUGAUUACCUUUGUGAAUCUCUCUCCAACUCAUGUGGCUACAGACUGUUUUAGGACCACUUUGACUUCUGUCUUUUAGUAUUCAGUUUUUAUUUCUUUUGUUGAAGGCAAGAUCAGAAGUGUCACACAUGCACCACAGAUGAUCAGUAUUUGUGAAUUAGAGGGGAAAGACCUCUUUCUCAAAUGCUAGUUUCAUUUAAAUAUUUUUGAAUCACGAAUUACUUUGUAACAAAAAUGAAAACAUAAAUGAAGUCAGCCCUAUAUUAUAAAUUAGGCAAAUGAAUAAUUUGCACAUCUUUUUGGCAUUCCCCAGCCAAAAAUGCAGUGAAAUAAGACAAUAAGCAGACGUUUGACUUAAUGAAUGGUAACUGACCUUUUUCAUUUUGUAUUGUACUUUCCACAAUCCUUUAUGACAUCAUUAUUAAAUAUAAAAUGACAAAUCCCUUCUCAAUCUUAAAUUCACAAUUGGAUUCAAUGCUGGUGAAUUCAUGAGAAAGGUUACAGCAUACAUACACAGAAGUCUUUCUCAGGUGCAAUUGUGUCUAAUUUUUAAACACUAAACCCUGAAAGUAUGAAGAUUAAAAAGGAUUCAGACAGACCUGAAGACAGCAUGUAAGUUCUUAAUACACUCAAUAGACAAACAAUGUACCUUGAAAAGGUCUUCAGAGUAAGGCAGCCAAAUAGUUAUGAGGCAUCUGGGUCAUAUUUAUUCCCAUUCUCUUCUUCCUCUGUAGAUUUACCUUAAGACAGAGGCAUCAUUACAGACCAAAUAUUAGCAGUCCAUUAUAAGCAGAUUAUUAACUCUUCUAAUAUUCUAAUUGACUCUUCUAAUGAUUUUUUUUUUUUUUUUUCCCUCUGAUUUCUUCAGGAAGAACAUAGUAAAAUAAGUUAAUUGCAAAUCAGAAUCUUCCACAUUGAUUUGUGUUUACUAUUUAUAUAAAAAAAAAAGUUACUAGAAUUAAAGUUUUAUUUUGAAUUGUUCCUUUAAGGAGAGAAAGCAUUUAUGAAAGUGUUUCGAUUGUUUUCCUUUUAACAGCACUUUUUAUCAUACUGUUAUUUCACAAUCAUGUUUAACAUAUUCCCUGCCAUACUGAACUGAACUUCUUUUGUAGCUGAUCCGUAGUGAUGUUAAUCUCAUUUUAUACAAUAAUAUCAUAAAAGUUUAAAGUAAACUAAUGUUUAUUGGCAUGUCCCAGCACUCCCACUCUGCAGUACAAACAUUAGCUAUUUUUUCAAAUGGUGUUCAGACAACAUAGCAGAAGUUGAAUUUUGUUGAAUUUCCUGAGCUGGGUAGAAGAAAGUAUAAUUUCCUCUCUUACAGUAUUUUAGCAAAAGAAGUUUGAAUAUACAGUAGGAGAACUCACAAAAAGACAAGGAGUUGCAUGUUACCUACACAAUGUUUUGUGCUAAAUUUUCCCAGGAAUUCUAGUCCUUUUACCCUUACGGACCUUGUACUAUAAGGCAAUUUUAUUUCUUGACUGUGAUUGCAAGUUGCUUCUUAGAAUUUAUUAAGAUCAGAAGUCGUACUUUACAGUAUUUCCAGAUUCUGUUAUGAUACCAUUAACCAUCUUCCCUUUGUUUUUCCUCAGCUUUUAUUCCUCUCUUCAUCCAGACAAAUUUUGAUUGAUAUCUAUAGAGGUUUAUCCUAACUAAGGCCUGAUGUAAGGACAUACUGUGGCCCAAUAAAUGCAGAUUAACUGGAGCAAAGUAGUUGGUAUGGAGGAGUAGUAUGUAAUGUAGGAGUUACCCACCAGGUUUCUGUGUAGAUAAAUUCACAUUUUUUGUUUUUAUUUUUUAUUUUUUCUGGAGACCUUACUCCACUUUCAACUAGGGAAGCUCUUCCCUUUACUUUCUAAAAUUAUGUACUGACUUAUAAUUGGCUGCUGAGUUAUCCCAGAAAUGAUUACAUACUUGUGGUAGGUCUGACUUUUAUACUGUUAAAGGCUGUAUCAUAUAUUUGGGUUCCAUUAUAGGUAAUGUUCUAGAUACAUGUGAUAUCUGAAUAUGCCAGAGGUUUACUAAAUUGCACAUAUGAACUUCUAGGGUCAUGAUGAAUGUGUUUCAUAUGGUUUAUUUAAAAGUAUUUAUUUUCCGUUCAGUACCAUAAUUAUAUUUAUUUGAAGACAUAGUGUUACCACGACUGAAUGGUAUCUUGCUCUGUACAAGUUGCUAGGACUCCAAUUAGAGCAGGAUUUAGAGACAUAUUUAUACUGAGUUCAAGUAAAGAAAGUUUACUUCUUUACUUCUAAAGAUCUUUUCCUGAGUCAAGUAAGACAUAAACAUUCAAGUAUGCAUUACUGUAAUUUAAAUGCAGCAUAUGAACCUAAGAGCUAAUGGAUCUCAUCCAAUUCAUUGAUAAAAGAGAACUAGAGGACUUUCUUUGUCCACCUGUAUAAAGAAGACCAUAUAAUUAAUUUGUGGUCGUAGUGGUAGAGGAAUAAGGGGUCUUAUUAUAGAUCAAAAUUUUCAAGGUCUACUUGGAAUCUCAUUGAAGGCUGUAGCCUGAUGGUUCCAAAGGCAAUUUGCCAUUUAUGCUCAGGACAGAGCUUUGUCCUCUCCAUAUGUUGAACCUGAUAAUUCAUAGUUGUAUAACGUGUAACCUUGGCCUGAGGUUACCAAGAGACAGUGAAUCUCUUACUUUUUGUUCAAUAAACCUUCUAAAUAUUUUCUAAGAUACAAACUCAUGAGUUUAAUCAAAGCAAAGUAAAACCUAGUCAGUGUGAAUGAGUGAGAAACAUUACUCUAAAGGAAGAUUUUUCUAUUGCAUUUUCAAUAUUUCAGCCUCCUUGUUAUAUUAAGAAAGUUUCUCGUUUUAUGUAUUAACAUCAGAACAAAUGUUUUUCAAUGAAAAUAAUGCCAUUAAGAAUAAUAACUAUAAAUGUUAUGUAUCCUAUGUGUGCAUGCAGAUUAAGCUGCCAAGGAAAAAAGUAUUAGCUGAAUUCACUGUCAGUGGCUGGAAGGGUAUAAUUGACACAGGUUAAAACUCCAUUUAGAUAACGAGCUGACCUGGGCAGUAGGAUUGUUCCAGUGAGAUUAAGCCACUGUUCUGUAUUUCAAGGUUACAGGCAGUGAAAUCAUAUGAAGCAAGUGGGUAUGAAGACUUUUGAUUUGGUCAUUACCAGUCAUAGUUGUAGAAUGCCUUUGAACCUUCCUCCACAGACUUGGAAAUCUGUUGAUAACAUAAAAGUAGCUGUCAAGAUUUAUAAUGCUGGAAAAGUGUUCAUACGUGAAAUAGAGGAAUUAAGCAAACUGUUAAGGUAGAAAAAAAUUUGAAAAAAGUAAAACAUUAAAAAUGAAAGUUGUGGCUGUAAGCUGAAGAUUUUACAGAAUAUCUGUCCAUGAAGAUGAAUGGAACUGUAACAAAAUUUCUUUCUACACCUGUAGUAAUAAUGACUAAUAAUAAGAAAAAA